AUGACAUCAUUUGGUGCGACGGGAAUUAUUCGGGAGUCCUUCAUACCGACCUUCAAAAUCCAAGGUCAGGUGUAUCACCGACAUGGAUCACUCUUGCCAUUGCCAGAGACCGAUCAUCAGUUCCCCCAAAUCUGUUUUAUGGGUAACGUCGAGGAACAGGUCGAUCAACGAUGUCGCAUCCACACUGGUACAGAUAGAGAAAUCGUUGCUUUCUUACAGAAGCUUUUCCAUCAGCACAGCACGAUGGUGAAGCUCUUCAUGAUAGCUUUGGAGCGCAUGCCACCUGAUGAUUAUGUAGUUGUCAUAGGAGCGGACAAGACGCCGGCUGGGGAACACGAAAAGCGAUUCAAUGCUCCCACAAUCAAUGGAGUAGCAAUCGUGAUUGUCGGUGAAGAAUUUAAGUCCGGUGACAUAAUCCUCCAUCGCAGAAAUGGUGACCUUCAAAGAGUCUCCGAGACACAUCAGUCCCACGACGCUUUACAGUACCCGAUUCUCUUCUGGCAAGGGGAUGAUGGAUAUUAUUUCAACAUUAAGAUGAGAAACCCGGGGACGGGUGAAGAGACCGACAAGAAGGAUGCGUUGAUCUACCUGGAACAAGAUCUCGCCGAGUGGUCAGAUAAGGAGGGUCACUCGUAUGAGUUCACAUCGCUAACAAUUAGCAAAUAA